GGGCCUCAUAUGCCCAGCCAUACUGAAAAAAGCGACUUUCUUGAUCAGUCUCUCCCUUCGCAGUUCUUCUCCAAACCCUUCCCAAAGCUCCGAGCAAAUUUACCCAUUUCCAUAAAGGCAUAAACGAUGAACCCAAUGCGUAGAUUCCCAUACACAAUCCUCACUUCCCUCUCACACCCCGCCACCUCCACCACCACCGCCCUCCUCCGCCCACUCUCUACCAAACCCACCACCACCGCCAACGACGAGUGGAACGACGCCUGGGAGUCCGCCUGGCUCCCGGACGACCUCUCCGGCCAAAACCGGGCCCCGUGGGAGUCCGACGUCAACUUCUCCCUCCCCCACACCCCUCCCGCCGCCGCCGCGACUGACGUGGACGCCGAGACGAAGGCGUUCGUGGAGGACAUGACGGAUAACUGGGAGCAGAGGAGGAAGAGCCCGAAGACCCAGCAACGGCAGGAGAAGGAAGAGAAGUUGAAGGAGAUGGAGAAGAGUUCGCUGUACUGUUUGGAGAGCAUAAAGAGGGAUUAUAGGGUGCAGAAGCAGAGGAUUCAUGCCGGGUUGUGGGUUAAGGAGAUUGAGAAGCAAGAGGAGGAUAAGUUGGGGGAUGGGUUCGGCGGUGGAGGUGGGAUUGAGAGUUUGCUUGAUAGUUGCUCUGAGAUUUUUGACUCUCCCAACAAUGACUUGAACAACACGAAAAUCCCAAGUUCUUCUGAGUUCAAAAACAAGCCUGAUGGUUGGGAAACAACAGCAAAAGCUCAAGAUGGGAGUGUCUGGGAGAUGUCGCAAAGGGAAGAAGACAUUCUUAUCCAAGAAUUUGAGCGCCGGAUUGCAUUCAGCAAAUUCCAGCUGGAAUGCAGAUUGCAAGUUUUAUCAAGACUCAUAUUUUUAGCCGGAGGAGGCCUAUUGAUGGCUGGAAAUAUAUGAUAGAGGAGAUUGGACCAAAUGCCAGGAAAGGGAAGGGUAGUGUUUCAAGGUUACCGAGUCUCUCUGAUGCCUCAACUCAACCAUUCAAGGAAGAAAAGAUACCUAUUGCAAGCAGAGUCAUGUCACAUAAGCGGAGGUGAUCAUGUAUUCAGAGACGCAGAGGGGAUGCUGCGUGUUAUGUAUCAUAUUUUGUGGCAAUUUUUGGUCUCUUGAUUCUUAAUCAGUAUCGCAAUACCGAAAAUAGCUCCUCAAAUUUUCUUCUCCUCCAUACCCUCUCUUCCACACAUGUAACUAUGUCAUGUCUGAUGCAUUAGUGUGGUCUAUCUCUUCCUGCAGCUGGAGAACAUAUUUAUCUUGGUUUCACUCUGGAUAUUGGUGUACUUGGUUAAGGGAGACAAGCCUUCCAAAUAAGAUAAAUUUAUUGACAGAUAUAACUAUCCUAUUUUGGCAGAUGAUUGGCACUGUCCAACAUGCCAUCAGAAUUAGAAAUACCACCAAUUCUUACUGUUU